AUGUCCACUCAAAGCGGCUGGCGCGCACUUGACAUGGCUGUUAUUGGAGGGGGAAUUGGAGGUCAAGCAGUUGCUACCUCUCUUCGUCGCCAAGGCCACAAGGUCACCAUUUACGAACGCGCUGAUUUUGCCGGCGAGGUUGGAGCCUCCAUCUCAUGUGCUGCUAAUGGUACUCGCUGGCUGGAGGAAUGGAAAGUCAAUAUUGAGAUUGGUGAUCCAGUUAUUCUUAGAAAGUUAAUCAGUCGUGACUGGAAGACUGGUGAGCCCAUUAGCGUCUAUGAUCUCAAGGAUUAUAAAGAACGAUGGGGCUAUGUCUACUACAUGUUCCAUCGCCAGUACAUGCAUCGCAUGUUGAUGGAUAGUGCCAUUGGUGAAGGCGAAGGCCCCCCUGCCCAGCUUAUUGUGAACCAUCAGGCUACUGAUGUAGAUGUGGAGAGUGGAGAAGUCACCUUUACAAAUGGCAAAAAGGUAAAACACGAUGUAGUCAUUGGAGCCGAUGGGAUUGGAUCCACCCUUCGAAGUGUUUUUGGCAUCAAGCCCGAUCGCAAACCGGCGACUUGCACCUGUCUACAUACCAAUGUUGACACUGCAAAGGCUGUAGAGCUCGGCUUAGUUGACUACUCCCAGAACAGCGCUCUGGAGUAUUGGGGAGGUUACAACACUCAUUUCAAGAUCGUUCUAUCUCCUUGCAACGGAGGCAAACUCCUGUCUUACUAUUGCUUCUUCCCACGCGAAGCUGGCGACCUCAAGGCACAGACCUGGGAUCAAGAGGCAACCCUAGACGAGCUUCUCGACCCAUACCCCGAUUUGGACCGGUCGGUCUUCAAGCACCUUGAGAUUGGGUACGAGAUCCGCCCCUGGAGAUUGUGGCUUCAUGAGCCUUACGAUCACUGGACGGAGGGGGUUGCCUGCAUUAUGGGGGAUGCUGCUCAUCCGAUGAUGCCGGAUCAAAGUCAGGGUGCUUGCCAGGCCAUCGAAGAUGCUGCCGCUAUUGGUCUUGUUUUCAGCAAGAAGCACUUUAACGGCGAUAUUCGCGAGUCUCUCAAAGUCUUUGAGGAAGUUCGCAAGCCAAGGGCUACCAAGGUUCAGGCUGCAUCGGCAAGGGCCCGGGAGAACAUCAACGAGCGGAUUGGCUUUUCUAGCAACACAAACACCAAGGUGUACAACGUUGCAACUGAAGAUGGUAAAUUGACAAUUGAUGAGAUGAACAUGUAUAAUAUGCAGAACCAUGUUGCGAAUGUAUUUAAUGAGCGAAGGCUUAAGGAAAACAUUAAGUCUAAAGAGCCAAAGGAGGAAGACCAUAAGUUCACACUAGGCAGAGACACGCUUUCCCUGGCUCAGCAUAACAGUGUUUCAGCAUCUUAG